UCGGAAUUCUAGCGUGAGCACGAAAGCACACGCAAUCGCUAACACUUGCUCCAUUGAUAUCGAUGGCCAUGGUAGCGAAAGCCGCGCUCCUCCUGGCCAUGGUGGUCGUGGCAAGCGCCACCUACUGUCCCCCGCCGCCGGCGCCGGUGCCGGUGCCCCGCUACGGCUCGUGCCCCCAGAACGCGCUGAAGCUGCACGUGUGUGCCAACGUGCUGAACCUGGUAAAGGCCAAGAUCGGCGUGCCGCCAACGGAGCCCUGCUGCUCGCUCCUCGAAGGGCUCGUCAACCUGGACGCCGCCGUCUGCCUUUGCACCGCCAUCAAGGCCAACGUGCUCGGCAUCCACCUCAACAUCCCCAUCGACCUUAGCCUCAUCCUGAACAACUGCGGCAAGAUCUGCCCCGCCGACUUCCAGUGCAUCCACUAGGGAAGCAAGAAGUGCACAGUACUAUCAAUCGAAUGGGGUGUUGUUUGCUUCCGUCUCAAGCCUUUAUUUAUUUGUUUCAUAAUUCUAUGCUGGCAAUCUGGCCUAUGUAUGUUCUUGCUUUCACAUGAGAGGUAGGAUUAUGAUCCUUUGGAAUUAAAUGAAGUGGUGAUUUCAUGA